GCCACUCUUCUUUGUCCUCAUGUGCAUAUACGUGGUUCCGCGCUACGUGAGUGGACCGGAUACCGGAAGGUUCUUUGAGAAGUAUGAGAAAGAGAUUGCAGAAAAUUGGUGGACUCUGCUGUUGCAGAUAAGAAAUUGGUGUGGAGAGAUGAACGAAGAGACAAAGCUAGUUCAUCUAUGGUACCUGUCUGCUGAUUUCCAGCUUUUCGUCAUUUCUCUUCUCAUCCUACUGGUACUGAAAAAAUGGAAAAUGUUGAGGCUGGGAACGUUUACCUUGUUUUCUGCAUUGGGAUGUGGUAUUUCACUAUGGACUGCAACUAAUCAGAAUGUUCUACCCUUCAUGGUCUAUCCUGCUUACACAAGGGCCUUACAACUGACAACUUUAAAUUCAUACUACGUUCGACCUUUCUAUCAUGCCGUCUGCUUCUUCAGUGGUUGCAUAACCUUCAGUUUCUUGGAGGACUUCAGGAACCACAAACUUUCGAAGAUGAUGCGGGUAACCUGCUGGAGUGUGGCCGUCACCUGCGCGCUUUGCGUAACUUUCAUGAAGAUUCCCUGGUACAGGAAUGAAACCCAUUCGGAAGCCGGUAAACUGGUCGUAGCCUUCUUCGAUCGUGUGCUCUGGUCGCUGUUCCUGUCAUGGCUCACGCUGGCUUGCGCAACUGGUCGAGGAGGGUUCGUCGGUCGAUUUCUAUCAUCGAGCUUCUUUGCACCUCUAAGCAGGCUGUCCUUCUGCGUGUACCUUAUACAUUAUCCGUUGAUUAUGUUGAUGUUACACGCCUCCAGGGAGCGUAUUCACGCUUCUCACUUUGGUCAGGUGACCCUAUUUUUCGGUGUGUUCAUCUGGAGUUGCCUGUUGGCGUACCCGGCUUUCCUCAUGUGCGAAGCACCGACGGCAGCACUGGAUAAGAUGGUGUUUGAAGGACUUACUGGCCGAGGGAAACAUGCAACGAAAGAACAUCAACCGGACGCUCACAUUGCAGUAAUAAAUAUAGGAGGUGACCAAGUUCAUCACUCUUCAGCCAAACUUUGAUAAAAGUGAUUUUUGUGGUCAAAUGACCCGUCUGCUACAAUACAUAACCUCAAGUACUAGGCUGCUAGCUGCACUCUUCAAGCAAGCAGCUGAAGCACAGCAGAGAUGCGCCAUAUGACGUCUUCCGAUGAGGCAUCACAUGCUGUACAUAGUUCAUUUUUGUGUGGAAUUUCAAUAAACAAACAAAUUUCACAUAGAUAUAAAAAA